AUGCACCCAAGAAGCGUCGAUCAUUUAGAGCGAGAGGUCUCCGCCAGACCCACCGACUGUACCAGACAAAGCUCCAGUGGCUGGUCCAUCAGCGCCCUCUUGCCUCUGACCGCAGUCCCAACCGAUCAGCAACCACUGCUCAGGCGAGAUUCGGUGUUAUCCAUCUCCGAUCACAUUCCUCCGUCCAAUGUGCCGUUUGUGAAACGGUACGGCCGUUGCCAUCAAAUCAUCCAUUAUGGCUCAAAUAGCACUACGCGCCUUCAUGAAGACCAAACACACAGCCAGCUACUCGCAAUCAAGGUGUACCGACACUCAAUCCUGAAUGAGCCCCCAAGCUCCUCCCAAUCUACAGCUAUUCACCCCAAUCACCCUAAUAUCCUCCCCAUCCUCGACAUACUCCAAAAUGAGCGUUCGGAGCUCUGUCUCGUCAUGCCCUACUGUGCAGGAGGAGAUCUUGGCAUCUUCUUGUCACGAAACAGACCAAUCCCAACUAUGGAAGCAGAUUGCAUUUUAACGCAGAUCCUGCGAGCUCUCGCUUACCUUCACAAACAUGGCAUUGCCCACCGUGACAUCCGCCUCGAGACUGUUCUGCUUACCGCCAACGGAGCCGUCAAAGUCGCCGGUUUUGGUGAUGGACAUAUCCGGCAGAUGUGGGCAGAGUCCGCUGCCUGCAUAGCUCCAACUCCUGGAGUAGAAGAGCAGCCUCGCCCACGCUCAAAAUCCUACCCAUCUGCUUGGUGGCUCACUUUGCCUUGGCCACUCAAUUCGUGGUCCCGACACAUCUCCAGUUUCUCUUGUGUCUCUGCAAAACCGCACACCUCUGCUUUCGGCAUGAUCAGUCUCCCUUAUAUCCCCCCGGAAGGAUUUCACCCCUCCGAACGUCGACAUAGUGAGGGCAAUCUCGAUUUCGACGACCACGAUCCUCGUCCCGCUGAUGUCUGGGCCGCUGCCAUGAUAUAUAUGGCGCUUAUCACGGGUCGGCUUCUAUGGCGUAGUGCUCGUUUGCAUUGCGAAGAUGCACGGUACUUGGAAUAUCUUGAAGCUCGACGUGGUCAAGAUGGGUUCACCCCCAUUGAAUCACUAGGAACAAGAAGACGUAAUGUCGUCUAUGCCAUGCUGAACCCUCGACCGUGGAAACGAAUCACUACCGCCAUCCUAAUGCAGUCUGAAUGGAUACAAGGCGUCCAAGUCUGCGAAGCAGGAGAUAAAGGCUUUUGA